CAUUCCACACUCGUUUAUAAACUAUCGGGUUGUCAAAAUAAUGAAGAAAAUUACUAUCCAUAUAUCGUUAUCUGAGUAGCAUAUACAUACGAUUGACAUAGAAUACAUCUAUGAUUUAUCGAAGACAAUAACAGCAAUUGAAGCUUAUAUUUUACAAAAACGAUUGAAGGAAUGUCCUGCAAUGAUGAAACUUCGAUUUAUAAUUCCGUUUUGUAUAAAAAUUGAAGGUUAUAUUAAGUUGAACUAUAUUUCUUUGUCCAAAACUGAUCUCUCCGAUCUUCAAAAAAGGAAAGGGUUAUGUGAUUGUUGUAUCUUCAGCAAAAAGUCAAAUCUAUAGUUGAUCUAUGUUUAAAGUAUGUUGAGUUGAAGAUAAUCAGGCGUAUUCAGAGGGUAGUGUAUGAAGGUCUGGGGUGAUGUAUUCCUUUCGAGGUAUCCUAUAAGUAACGAAUUAGGU